AUGCCGCCCAAGCGCGCCAAGGGCGUGACCUUCAAGCUCGUCCACCCGUCGUACGAUGACGGCGACGGCGACGGCGACGGGGCGCGGGGCACCGCCGUGAUGGUGCAGGAGCAGGAGCUGCGCAGGCACCUGCCGUCGACCGCGACGCGGCGCCGCCGCCAGCGCGGGGGGGAGAGCGACGAGGAGGGGCAGGCAGGCGUCAGUGACUGGGCGCGGGAGUGGACCACCACCGCCGCCGCGACGUCCUGCGCGUCGUCCGCGGCGCAGGCAGGCGCCGUCCGGCUCCCGGAAGAGGACGCGUACAUGAACCGGCACAACUUCCUGCGCGCGCAGGACCCCGACGACGCGCAGGACGCGGAGGCCGACGACAAGCUCUUCGCGGACCAGGAGGAGGUGGAGUUCACGGACGACUUCCUUCGCGAGCUCGUCUUCGGCGACGGCGACGAGGAGGAGGGCAGUCGCGACGGUGACGGCGACGACGGCGACGACGACGAGCUCGCGGGGCACGACGGGGCCGUCUACGCCCAGCACGAUGUGACGAGGAGAGGUGUGGACCGCCAGUUUGCGCGGAUGAUGCGGGAGUUCGAUGUGGAUGCCCGCCUCAACGACGCCUACACAGACGACCCGCGUGCCCACGGGGCUCUCGAGGUGAAUCAGUACCUGCGCGCACUGGAGGAGUUUGUGGUGGACAGGGCCGGCGUCGACUACGGCACCGCUGAGCCGCGGCGAAACAAGGGGCUGAUACAUCAGCUGAAGAACAUGGCUCUCUGCGCCGGCACAGAGAUGGGCCCCAGUGGGGAGUUGUACACCACAACCGUGCUGCCGGACAAGCAUGCGCGCUUUCUGGAGGAGUUCCAAAGAGAGGCGGAGGGAAUUCGACAGGCCGCACUUCAGCGCAUGCAAGGGCGACAGGCCGAUGACCCGGCGGAGGACUCCACCGGCGAGGAGGAGGACGAAGAGGAGGCCUACGUGCUGAAGGAGGUGCGGGAUAAGACAAAUCGACUAGACUGCGAGACGGUCGUUUCGACGUACUCAACGUACUUCAAUCAGCCCAACGUUAUCCGGGCGCCAGCCGCAGGAAACCGACGAAAAAGACACGGGGCCUCCGCCGCCGCCUCAGCAGGAACUGCAGAAAAAGUAAAAUCAAUGGAUGAGGCGCAAGAAGAGGGCGAAGAUGCGGUGCCCGAGUUAGUCGCUCAGCCGCUCGCCCUUGAGCGCCACAAGGGGGAGACAAAAGAGGAAAAGAAGUUGCGGCAGCAGCUGGCAAAGCAGGUGAAGCGUGAGCGACGUGGCAAGAAGCGGGAGCUGAAGCAGGCUUACAAGGACCUUGAGACAGAUGAGGCGAAGCGUUCGAAGGAGUCUCAGACUGCAAAGAAAACUGUACACUUCUUUUAG